AUGUCCAACGGUCAAGACGCCCAUGGCCACGCGCCCGCUGCGGGCUUGAAGAAGGGGAAGCAAAAAAAGGCUGUUGAUUCCAACGAGUCUGCAAAACUGCUCGCACAGCGUAUCUCGCAGUUGGAGCAGGAAUCUGCUGGGGAGAAGGACCAAGAAGCUGAGAUUGAACGAGAGGUGAAGCGCGCAAAUCGUGACCUGGCUCAACAAGUGGCGAAGAUGGGAGAUAUGCAAAAGAUUGACCAUCUUACCCGGAGGUCUAGCGAACUGUUAGCGGAAAUGCGGCGCGUAGAACGAGAGAAUCAGAAGAACAAGAAGCGGGGUGACGCUCUGCAAAAGGAAAAGGAUGCGAAUCGAACCGAACUCAGCAAGACCGUUGGCCUGAAGGAAAAGCUCGAGAAACUCUGUCGUGAGCUGCAACGAGACAACAACAAGUACAAGAACGAGAAUAAAACCCUUCAAGACAAUUUGAAGCACAACAGCACGGCAUACGACGAGAAGCAUGCGGCCCUGCUGGCUAAGUUGGAAAACAUUCAAGAAGAGAAGGAUCAUCCUCGGAAGCAGGUAGUCGACAUGAGCGUCGAUACCCUGUUUCGUAACCGCUUCAAAUCGUUCAUCGAGCAGUACGAGCUUCGAGAGCUGCACUUUCAUUCCGCAAUGCGCACGAAGGAGCUCGAGGUGCAAUACAACAUGGCUCGCUACGAGCGUGAGAAGAAACUUGCCGAAGCCGAGGCAACCAGGGCGCGGAAUCUCCAGGCCCAGGUCCAAACUUUCACCAAGACGGAGACUGAGCUCCGAAACCAGCUCAAUGUCUAUGUUGACAAGUUUAAGCAGGUUGAGGACACGCUGAACAACAGCAAUGACCUGUUUUUGACGUUUAGGAAGGAGAUGGAGGAUAUGUCAAAGAAGACUAAACGCUUGGAAAGAGAGAACGAGACGAUGAAGCGCAAGCACGAGGCCACCAACGCUAACAUUAUUCGUAUGGCGGAGGAGCGCGAGCAAUUGUCUAAGAAAGCGAUAGAAGCGACAAGCAGGGCGGAGAAGCUUAGGAGCAUCAUUGAACAGAUGCAGCAGCAGGGUCGCAAGGUUCCACCAGGAAUGGCAGCUACGUUGGAAAGCUGCUACUCUGACAGCAACGGCCACAUGGACGGCGACGGAAGCGACUACUCAGACGAGGAGGAGGGCGAAGAAGACCCUAGCGAGUUCGACGACGACACGGAGGAGGAACCUCAGCCCGCAGAGCCGGAACCGCCCAGGCCGUUUGGCCCAGAGCGGCCGCCAGUACCUCAAGCUACAACGAACGGUCAUUAG